AUGGUGAAAGUGCUCAACCAGACCCUGGCAUCAAUCGGCCAGUCGUCACGUCUGUCGCAACUGGGAAGGGAGAAUCAGGGCCGGCAGCAGCAACACGCACAAAUGUCUGCUAGAUUUAGACACCCCCCUGGCGCAGCGGAGAGGCCGCGCGAAGCCGCGGAACGAACCAGCGGUGUAGGCAAUUCCGCAAGGGAACGACCCGACGGCGUAGGGAAAUCCGAAAGAGACCCCCUCGGGAGUUCUGCACAUGUCACAUCUGCUAGCACUACAAACGGUCACCAUGGCCGAGGGAAGCUGGCCGUCGCGUUUCGGGACGACGACAACGAGGAUGACGACGGAGAGUAUUUAGACUGCGAUGAGGAUCACGAGGCCAUGUUCACCCCGCGGGCGAUGUUCACCCUGCGGGAGAGCCACGCAAAGGAGCCGCCAGACGCGCGCGACGGCGGACAGGCGGAGGAGGAGCGGGGGGAAGGGGGGUCGGCGGAGGGCACGGAUGAUGAGGAAGAGGAGGAGACGGAUGAUGAUGAUGAUGAUGAGGGGAAUGACGAGGACCAGGAGGAGGAGGAGUCGGAGGACGGUGCAGAAGACGCCAUUCGAGACGACAGCGAUGUCAAUCUGGCGGCCAUGCGGAGUCUCAAAGCGUCGCGCAGCGGCAAGGGCAUGGUGUCGUUCGCGGACCGGCGGAGGGGGAGCGGGGAGGAGGGGGAGGAGGGGUACGGGGACGGGGACGGGGAGGGGGACGACGGGUACAACGAGGAGGUGGAGCAGCGGGAGAAGCUCGACCAGGAGGUUAUUCAGGCCAUGUAUGAGCGAGUGAAGCACAUGGGAGAGCUAACAGACAACUUCAAGAAUCUCUUUUUCUUCCUCUGCUACACCUGCCUCUACCUCACCGUGCUCUACCUGCAAGCCGACGCCUCCAACUGCUACCAAGUCACCACCGCCCACAACGUGCUGCUGCCGCCGGACUAUACAGCAGCAGCGUCCAUGACCAUGAACAGCCCAGGCGACUUCUACACGUGGAUCAAUGACAGCAUCAUACAGGUGGUAUGGAAGGACCCUCCCUGCGGCAACGGCAUCUGCGAGCGCCCCUUGGAGUUUGAAGCCUUCGGUCGCUUCGGCUGCUCGGCGGACUGUGGGGACCUGGCGGCCGUGACGAGCGUGACAGUGCACCUCACCACCGACUUCCACUCCCCCACUGAUGCCGCUGCCUCCUCCUGGAACCUCUGCCGCGACGCCCCCACCCCUCUCUGCUGGUACGCAGAGGACCAGCAGUUCACAGAGCUAGCAUCGGACACGCAGGUCACGCUCGCACUGCCAGAUGGCUCGUGGUCUCUCGUGCUCAAUGCGCCGGGGGGAGGCGUCGCCGGCACCCUCCGACUCACCGGCAGCAGAAAUGCCGCCUUUGCUGCUGCUGCAGUCGCUGCUGCUGGUAUUAGCGGUGGCAGCAGCGGCAGCAGCAGCGACAGCAGCAGCAGUGACAGUAUUGGUGGUAUUGGGAAGGUGCUGGUGACGUGGGGAGGAUGCCAAACGUCAGACCUCACUCCCUUGUCCGAAUGCCGAUCGGCCUGCUCGCGCUUUGCAGGUUGUCUGGCCAACUACUGUGGGGCCGGAGGCUACUCCCCUGCAGCUCUCUCCUCGCUCUUUGUCACCUGCGCCUCUGCCUGCAACGACAACUCAUCCCUGCCCUUCCUGCCCUUUAGUGACUUCUCUUGCGCUGAGAUCAUCAACGCCACUGCAGACAGCCUUGCAGGCUUCCAGUGCUCCUAUCCGUCCAACUCAACGCUCACCACAGGGAGGAAGGCUCGGAACCUCUGGGAGCGGGCAGCACAGGCUGUCAGCCGAACCUCUUCGUGGCACCAGGCUCGGCAGCAGGCUCGGCUCCAGGGCCGGAAACGCCUGGCAGAGGUCGCUGCUACUGCUGCUGUUGCCUCUUCGCUUGCUGCUUUGCCUGGCAACGCCACAAGCAUCUGGACUCACCUCGGCUCCACCGACUCCCAGCGAAUCACAAGCCUCCACGUGGCAGUCGCCAGGGCCCUCUACACAGCUGUCAAGGACGACUGCCUCGUUGGCUCCCCCCUCUUCUCCCCCCGGGCCAACCCCUCCCCUCCCUCCUCUCACUCCUCUCCCCCCUCGCCUUCCUCUCCCCCCUCUCCUUCCUCUCGCUCCUCCUCUCGCCGCUCCUCCACCCGCCCUUCCUCCCCCGCUAUCCUCCCGCCUGUCAUCCUCUCCCCGUCCUCUCGGUCCCAACUGGCUGCCUUCCUCUGUGUGCUCUUUGCCGGGGAGGAAGCUGCUCGGAAAGUGCCCGAGUGCAAGUACACGUCAUCAUGGGACGGGCGGCAGCUGGUUUCUGCUUCUGAGCUGGCGGCCGACGUGCCUUGGACUGUUGCGCUCAAUCAGACGUCCCGCUUGUCUCGGGACCAGGCGGCGCGUUUCGUCCUUCUCCUCACCGCAGCGCUCAAGUCCGUCGUCCUGUUGCCGGACGAUGAUGUGGCGGAUGCCGCCCGGCUGCUGCAUGCACUCGACCCUGUCGUCGUGGACCCCUCCCUGCCUUCCUGCGGCACCACCGUCACAGGUCCCACGGUGAUGUGGGGGGCGAGCAGGCAGCCCAGCACAGUGGUGCCGGUGGGGGAGCGAGUCACGUGGGUGUGGGCGGACGGGCAACCCCAUGCCAUCAACGUGGCGGGAUUCGGAGACGCAGCGGCUACUCCUUUCUAUGGCAUGGGCAGCGGCCGGUUGGUGGUGAGUGCUGAUGUGGCAUGCAGUGCGGAGAACGUGGGGACCACAGCGACACUCAUCAACGGCUCACACGCGUCCACCGCUGAUCCUGCGCCCUGUGUCCUGAGUCCCACCACCAGCGCUGCUGCCUCGUCCCCCCCCAUCCCCUUCUCCUACACCACGGUCUUCCCUGUGCCGGGGACCUUCGUCUAUGAGUGUUCACGCGUGGGGGAGCCUACACGGGGCUCUGUCACCGUUCUCCCUCCCUCUUCCUCCUCCUCUGCCUCUUCGCCUUCCUCCUCCUCCUCUCGUACCCGCGCCGCCAUUGGUCAAUCCAACAAGCCAAUAGAGUGCUCGCCAGGCUGCCUCCUCUCCUCGCUAGCAGACGGAAAAUGCAACCCACCCUGCAACGUUGACGCGUGUGCUUUUGACGGCGGGGACUGCUCAUGCGCCCUGCCGGCCACGUCCGUUCCCGAGCCUGCACCCGUAGCUUUAGGCUCGGUGCCAGGCUCAGGGUUAGGUCCGGUGGGAUUCGUGGCCCGGCCGCAGUACUGUCCCUGUCCUCCGGGACAGGUUCGGUCGGACGAAGGAGCAUGCUGCAUGACGUCAGCCAUAGGGGAUGGCCUCUCCUUCCCCUUCACCCUUGACAUGUUCUCAAAUGCCACGUCAGCAGCCAUGUCUGCUGGCAAUGCCACGUCAGCAGCCGCGUCGGCUGGUAAUGCCACGUCAGCAGCUGCGCCUGGUGCCGCGGCGGCGGGCAAUGCGUCGUCAGCAAACGGCACGGAGGAGGUGGCGCUGUCUCGCUUCGUGGCGGAACAGAACAGGGUGCUGAUAGGACUGAAAAUCGAGCAGACCCGGUGGGACGCCGUAACCUGCCAGCCAUACAGGUUCUCCUCCCUCUUCCAAAACUGUAUGAACGGCAUAUCCACAGCUCCCUUUGGCGUCAACCCACACUUCCUGCCCUCCUCCUCGCUCUACCUCCCUGACGCCUACGUGGCGCUCAACGACUCGUUAACCAGCGCUGACGUGGACACCAUGCAGCCAAUCGCGACGCGGCCUGACGGCGUGCCAUAUGGCUUCCAAGUCGCCAAGGCGAACGAGAAGGUAUUCCCGGUGAUAUUCGACAUCAACUUAGACAACGAGGCGGCCACGCAGCGCCUGCAGUAUCUGGCAGACAGCUUCUUUAUCGACAAUGCCACGCAGUCCGUCUCCGUUGCCAUGCUCACCUACAAUGGCGACUCCAGUCUGUUUGUGUACACCACCGUGAAACUCAACUUUGAGAUCGGGGGCAAGAUCGCAGUCACGUACAACGUGGAUCCGGUAGACGUGGAGCUCUACUCCUCCAGUGCCGACUGGGUGCGGCUGACAGUGACGGUGCUGUAUGUGUGCGCCGUGGUGUGGAACCUCAUAGAGGAGCUCGUCGAGGCGUUUCAGUGCUGGCUGGAGACAGGCAGGAUCACAUCGUACUUCCAAACGCUGUGGAACUGGCUGGAUGUGCUCUCUCUCACCAUCCAGUUCAUCGGCAUCAUCAUGUGGUUCAUCAUAUCAGUGCAGAUGGCCGGUGGCUUCCAGGUACAGCCUCGCUAUGACAUCUACGUCACGGGGGACUCGCCUUUUGUCUGGCGACUGCAGUACCCCCCGGUGGGCUACGAGCAGGCGCAGGCAGUGUACGACUCUAUUCGCAACCUCGUGCAAUGGCGCUCCAUCCUCGUGUCGCUGCAGGGCAUCAACGUCUUCCUCUUCCUGCUGCGUCUGCUCAAGCUCAUGGACUUCCAGCCGCGCAUCGCCAUCCUCACACGAACCAUGGCAGCAGCCUUCCCCGCCCUCGUGCAUUUCUUCCUGCUCUGGGCCAUCAUGUUCACCGGCUUCUCUCUUUACGCCUAUGUGGUGUUUGGGCGAACGCUAGAGCAGUUCAGCACAGUGGCCAUGUCGAUGGUAUCCUGCUUCCUCAUUCUCAUCAACGACAACAGCACCGGAUACUAUUUCAUUCAGCUGGAGGGGUGGAACCUCACAGCAGCCAUCAUCUUCUGGGUGGCCUACAUCAGCGUGAUGGUGUUUGUCAUGCUCAACGUGCUCAUCGCCAUCGUGGUGGAUGCGUUCUUGGAAGUCAGGAAAUCCACGGAGGAGUCACCAGCGUUCCCGGUGGACAUGUGGUUUGUGCUACGCAACGUGCUGCUGCGCCUCUCAACAGACUACUGGAAACUGGGAAGGCUGCAGCGCCACCUGCUCAUGCUGGGCGCAGAGGACGUUGAUGUUACGCUGGAGGAUUCGGUGGUGGCCAAGUCAGUGGCAGCGCUCAAGGAGGGCUGGAAUCGAGUCAGGCGCUGCUGCAGAGGCCUCGGGCGAAGCAAGGCGCGACGGCGCAGAGUGCUGCGGGUGGGCAAGCGGUGCCUGAAUGCCGACGCGCUGCUGGGGGUGCUGGAGCGCUGUGCUGCCAACAGACCCCCUCGCAGUGACUCCGUGCGGGGCGGAGGCUUCAGCUUCAAACGACAGGCCGAUCCCGAGCCUACCAUUGAGGUUCGGCCCAUAGCUAACGUGAUCCUGGCGCAGUUUGGGGAGGUUCUCGACGGGAUGGGCCCCCCAGUCGCACCACUGAGGGAGCAGGAGCAGCAGCAGCAGCAGGAGGAGGAGGAGGAGCACAGGAAACUCAAGGACACGCUCACUAGGGUUUCUAGAGACGCUGCAAUGACAGCGGAGGGGCUAGAAGUGCUCAAGGGGGAGGUGCAGCUGCAGAGGAGGGCUGUGAGGCGGCUGCAGAAGCAGGUGGUGCAGCAGGAUAUGAGAGCAAUUGAGCAAGCGAGCGCAUUGCACCAGCAGCUGCUGCUGCAGCAGGAACUAAUUCUGCGUCUGUUGAAUUCCCAGAGUGACUCGGACGCUGCUUGA